ACCGCAGUAUCACACUAUCACACACGCACUCGAGUCACACUCCACACGAAGAACCAACACGAGGCGCGCGCGGAUCCCCCGAUAAAUAAUCCCACCUCGCCGCUCCUCCCCAAAACUAAUCACCGAUCGUUCGGGGUUCCCGGCAUGAAGAUGAUGGCCAUGGCCGAGGCGCCCUGCCUCUGCGCGCGCCCGUUCCUCGCCGCGCGCGCGUGGCGGCCGGGGCCGGCGCCGCGCCUGCGACGAUGGCGGCCCAAUGCGACGGCGGGGAAGGGGGUCGGCGAGGUCUGCGCCGCGGCCGUCGAGGCGGCGACGAAGGCCGAGGAGGAGGAGGACGAGGAGGAGGAGCCGGUGGCUGAGGACAGGUAUGCGCUCGGAGGCGCGUGCAGGGUGCUCGCCGGAAUGCCCGCGCCGCUGGGCGCCACCGCGCUCGCCGGCGGGGUCAAUUUCGCCGUCUACUCAGGCGGAGCCACCGCCGCUGCGCUCUGCCUCUUCACGCCAGAAGAUCUCAAGGCGGAUAGGGUGAGCGAGGAGGUUCCCCUUGACCCCCUGAUGAAUCGGACUGGGGACGUGUGGCAUGUCUUCCUCGAAGGCGAGCUGCACGGCAUGCUUUAUGGGUACAGGUUCGACGGCACCUUCGCUCCUCACUGCGGGCACUACUUUGAUGUUUCCAAUGUUGUGGUGGAUCCUUAUGCUAAGGCAGUGAUAAGCCGGGAGGAGUAUGGUGUUCCGGCGCAUGGUAACAAUUGCUGGCCUCAGAUGGCUGGCAUGAUCCCUCUUCCAUAUAGCACGUUUGAUUGGGAAGGCGACCUACCUCUAAGAUAUCCUCAAAAGGACCUUGUAAUAUAUGAGAUGCACUUGCGUGGAUUCACGAAGCAUGAUUCAAGCAAUGUAGAACAUCCGGGUACUUUCAUUGGGGCUGUGUCGAAGCUUGACUAUUUGAAGGAGCUUGGAGUUAAUUGUAUAGAAUUAAUGCCCUGCCAUGAGUUCAACGAGCUGGAGUAUGCAACCUCUUCUUCCAAGAUGAACUUUUGGGGAUAUUCUACCAUAAACUUCUUUUCACCAAUGACGAGAUACACGUCAGGUGGGAUAAAAAACUGUGGGCGUGAUGGCAUAAACGAGUUCAAAACUUUUGUAAGAGAGUCUCACAAACGGGGAAUUGAGGUGAUCCUGGAUGUUGUCUUCAACCAUACAGCUGAGGGUAAUGAGAAUGGUCCGAUAUUAUCAUUUAGGGGGGUUGAUAAUACUACAUACUAUAUGCUUGCACCCAAGGGAGAGUUUUAUAACUAUUCUGGCUGUGGGAAUACCUUCAACUGUAAUCAUCCUGUGGUUCGUCAAUUUAUUGUAGAUUGUUUAAGAUACUGGGUGAUGGAAAUGCAUAUUGAUGGUUUUCGUUUUGAUCUUGCAUCCAUAAUGACCAGAGGUUCCAGUCUGUGGGAUCCAAUUAACGUGUAUGGAGCUCCAAUAGAAGGUGACAUGAUCACAACAGGGACACCUCUUGUUACUCCACCACUUAUUGACAUGAUCAGCAAUGACCCAAUUCUUGGAGGCGUCAAGCUCAUUGCUGAAGCAUGGGAUGCAGGAGGCCUCUAUCAAGUAGGUCAGUUCCCUCACUGGAAUGUUUGGUCUGAGUGGAAUGGGAAGUACCGGGACAUUGUGCGUCAAUUCAUUAAAGGCACUGAUGGAUUUGCUGGUGGUUUUGCCGAAUGUCUUUGUGGAAGUCCACAACUAUACCAGGCAGGAGGAAGGAAACCUUGGCACAGUAUCAAUUUUGUAUGUGCACAUGAUGGAUUUACACUGGCUGAUUUGGUAACAUAUAAUAACAAGUACAAUUUACCAAAUGGGGAGGACAACAGAGAUGGAGAAAAUCACAAUCUUAGCUGGAACUGUGGGGAGGAAGGAGAAUUCGCAAGAUCGUCAGUCAAAAGAUUGAGGAAGAGGCAGAUGCGCAAUUUCUUUGUCUGUCUCAUGGUUUCUCAAGGAGUUCCAAUGUUCUACAUGGGCGAUGAAUAUGGCCACACAAAAGGGGGCAACAACAAUACAUACUGCCAUGAUUCUUAUGUCAAUUAUUUUCGCUGGGAUAAAAAAGAAGAACACUCUGACUUGCACCGAUUCUGCUGCCUCAUGACCAAAUUCCGCAAGGAGUGCGAGGGUCUUGGCCUUGAGGACUUUCCAACGGCCGAACAACUGCAAUGGCAUGGUCAUCAGCCUGGGAAGCCUGAUUGGUCUGAGAAAAGCCGAUUUGUUGCCUUUUCAAUGAAAGAUGAAACAAAAGGCGAGAUCUAUGUGGCCUUCAACACCAGCCACUUAGCGGCCGUUGUUGAACUCCCAGAGCGCAUAGGGCACCGGUGGGAACCGGUGGUGGACACAGGCAAGCCAGCACCAUACGACUUCCUCACCGACGACCUACCUGAUCGCGCUCUCACCGUACAGCAGUUUUCUCAUUUCCUCAACUCCAACCUCUACCCCAUGCUCAGCUACACAUCGGUCAUCCUUGUAUCACGCCCUGAUGUUUGAGAGACCAAUGUACAGUAAAUAAUAUGUAUAUGUAGUCGUUCGGCGGAUCAUCAGUGCGCACAAUUGCUCUAAUGCCAGUGACCUAUUCGAAACACA